UUGGACUCCCCAAAGAAAAACAUUGUGUGCGAACAGAAUGUGUGACAAGGAGAAGCUUAUAUGUAAUGAAUCGGGCAGAUCAUUUGUGGAAACUCCUCGAUAUGUGGAUAAAACGGAAGCAAAGUUACCCUGGUACUUUGCCACUGGAUUCCUAUUAUUUUGGGGACUUCUCUUUUUUGCCGUUGUAAUACCAUUCUUCAAUCGGUUACCAACGGCAAAGACAAUGGAGGACUCUAAAGAUAAUGUAUUCAUUGCGGAACGUGCCUACAAAAAUCUGUACACUCUUUCGAAUAUUGGAACCAAAAUGAUCGGCAGUACGGAAAAUGAGAUUGAGACUGUACAGUACCUGCUUAAGGAGCUGAACCAAAUUAAAACAGAUUCACUGAAAGAAUAUUUCGAUAUUGAAAUUGACGUGUCGCAAGUUUCCGGACAGUUUUUGUAUCAAAACACGAAUAACAUGUACCAGGGAGUUCAAAAUGUUGCCGCGAAACUAACUUCAAAGAACAGCAAGAGCAAUUCCUACCUCCUAAUUAACAGUCACUUUGAUUCUAAGCCGGAAACACCAUCAGCCGGAGACGAUUGCUUCAUGGUAGCAACCAUGCUGGAAAUUCUGCGUGUCAUGGCAACGACAGAACAAACCUUUGAAAAUCCCAUAGUCUUCUUGUUUAAUGGGGCGGAGGAAAGUUCAAUGCUAGCCUCCCAUGGCUUCGUAAAUCAACACAAAUGGGCACCAAACCUAAAAGCCGUCAUUAAUCUUGAUGCUGCUGGAAGUGGAGGCCGAGAAAUUCUCUUUCAAAGUGGUCCCAAAAAUUCUUGGCUUGUAGAUUAUUAUAAUAGCCAUGUUAAACAUCCCUUUGGCCAUACCUUGGGUGAGGAAAUUUAUCAGACUGGUAUGCUCCCAUCGGAUUCAGACUAUACUCAAUUUAAAACCCAUAUGCCAGGUUUAGACAUUGGUCAGUGCGUCAAUGGUUUUAUAUACCACACCAAAUAUGACAAAAUUGAUGUGAUUCCUCAGGAGUCUGUGCAGAACACCGGUGAAAAUCUUCUUGGACUGGUUCGAGGUUUGUCUAACGCAACCGAAUUACACAAUAGUGAGAUGCACAAUAAAGGGAACGCUAUCUACUUCGAUUUCCUAGGCAUAUACUUCAUCCAUUAUUCAGAGACCACAGGAAUAUAUUUGAACUAUAGUGUUGCCGGAGCUACUAUUAUUUUGAUUUUCCUUUCAAUGUCUCGCACGGCUGCUGUUUCCAACAUUUCCACAUGCCAUGUGAUGCGCUGGUUUAUCUUGGUUCUUAUCAUCCAGUUAAUCUCUUUUGUACUCGGAUUAGUUUUUCCCGCAUUGGUUGCACAUGUGUUUGACAAUUUGGGACUAUCGCUUACUUACUUUAGUACACCUUUGUUGGUGAUCGGCUUGUAUGUGUGCCCGUCACUUAUUGGCCUCAGUUUACCCAUAACCAUGUAUUACAGUAUACAGUGUAAUCGUAAAAUCCCAACUGCCUACCAUAUCCAGCUGUCUUUGCAUGCUCAGGCUUUUAUCCUGGCAUUUAUCGCAAUUUAUUUUACAGCGUUUGGCCUCCGUUCCACAUACAUUUUCGUCAUACCACUAACCUUCUACAUAGUUUCAUUGACCCUCAAUUUAAUGACUACUCUGCACGAUCGUGGUUAUGCCUGGACAGGUCUGCACAAGGCAGGUCAAGUAAUCCCUUUCCUGUAUAGCUGCUACCUCUUCUAUCUAAUCUUUGUGGUUCUAACGCCGAUGCUUGGUCGCUCUGGUAGUUCGACCAACCACGACUUAAAAAUUGCUGUCGUAGCAGCAGUGGGAACGAUUCUGUCAUUUGGUUUUUUGGUCCCGCUUAUAAAUACUUUCCGACGUCCCAGCUUUGUGGUGUUGUCUCUGCUUGUAAUCACAGCCCUCUCUAUGUACUUAGCCAGUAGCACGCAAAUAGGAUUCCCAUAUAGACCAAAGACCAAUGGCCAUCGAGUUUCGUACCUGCAUGUGCGAAAAACUUUCUACGAGUAUGAUGGAUCACUGAGUAGAGAUGAGUCUGGCUACCUUUUUAAUUUUCAAGACAGACUUGAAGAAAAACCCCUAUUGGACACAAAUGUGGAUCUGACUGGCUUAGUUAACAUUAAAACCGAAUGCGAGAAACACAUGAUGUGUGGCAUGCCGUUGUAUGAUUAUCGCUUUGUUGAGAAUCGUCUCCAGAGCAAGUGGCUUCCACGAGCUGAGCCAAUUGUACCACCAGGGGUAACAACUUUGGAAGUGUUGAGGAAAACCAUUCUGAAUUCGACCACUGUCCAAUUUGAGUUCCAUUUAAUGGGUCCAGCUCAAAUGAGUUUGUUUAUUGAACCAUAUGAAGAUGUUACAAUAAUGGAUUGGUCUUUCUUGCGGAGCUAUCUUGAGAAGCCCCCGCCAUAUCCCCUCUCCUACCAUAUUUUCUUUAACUACGGCAUUGAUUCGUCGCCUUUAAAGUUCUUCAUUCAAAUUUCGAAAGCGAAUGGAGACUUUAACGUACCCCUUAUGCAACUUGGAGUGUCGGGACAUUUUGUUGGGGAUAAGGGUGAUGAACAGAGCAUGAAGUUCGCAUCAUCAUAUCCCUCCUUUUCAAUCGUGGCUAGUUGGCCUUCCUCAUAUCAACGAUAUAUUUUUUAAUUUACUAAUGCAUUGUAAUAAAACAAUAUAUAUAAAUGUAAAUAAAAACCUCAUAGCUUUUUA